AUGGAGCGAUUUUUGUCAGCCUACCGGAGCAAAUUUGCACCCGUUGAUCCCCCUAGGAAGGGAUAUUAUUACAACAUCGGCCUAGACAUCAUCAAGAGGAUGCGGAAGAACUCUACGGGGUUAACUCCACAUUAUCCUACAUUUAAGGAAUUCGCAAAUUACGCGAUUACUACGCCUGUUAGCUUUCAUGAUGAACACUGGGAUCUUCAGCAUAAUUUAUGCGCUCCGUGUGAUAUAAAUUACGACUUCGUUGGUUUCUAUGAUAAUAUCAAAGCAGAUGCUGACCUCGCUCUUAUGUUGAUGGGAGCUGAUGAAGAGGUUACAUUCCCAAAUGUCGAAGCUGCACCAGAAGGACAAGGAUCAGAAACGAAGAUGAAGACUUUCUAUUCGGGAAUAUCACAAGAAGAAUUCACACGACUGCAGAAUAUAUACACAAAAGACUAUGACAUUUUUGGAUUCAAAAAGCCCAGUUAUCAAGAAAUAGUGAAUCUCUAA